AGGCCCACUUUAAUAAAAAUGGAUAAAAACAGGCGCACAGCUGUGGUUACAGUUAGCUCCCGCUAGUCUGCCGGCGGUCGCUUAGUAAGCCAUUAUAACAUAUGGAUUGCAUAGUACUUACUUCAUGCUGCAUGUAUGGUGAGGAAUUAACCUCAGUCCGCCGCACGUUUUGCAUAACGUGCGCUUGUGCACAUGUUUAAUGUUUUGGAACCCUACGCUGGUGCGCGGUGUCCGGCGCGUGCUGGAGGGGAGCGGUGAAGUGCCAGGGAAGCCAUCUUCCCAAAUGUAAACACAUGUAAUCUCCCGAUGUCAGCUUCCUAGGGAUGUUUGCCAGUCUCUUAUAAUAAUGCCAGACUAUUCAGGGUUGACAAUAACUUCUACUUUCGUGUCAUUUAAUAGGGGUUAGCGCAACAGUGGCCGCUGGUUUGUUUAUAAAAACACAAUUUAUGUUGCCUUAGCGAAACGGCUUCAUCAGAUGUAGGACGGCUCGUGACCUCCCAAUCUCAGUGAGCAGCAUCGAGCUCUGGUUUAGAAAAGACGCAGAAUAAUAACUUUUGAAGCCGUGAUUUCUGGGUUGGAGAACUGGUGAGUGCGUUUCCAUGAGGCCCACUUUAAUAAAAAUGGAUAAAAACAGGCGCACAGCUGUGGUUACAGUUAGCUCCCGCUAGUCUGCCGGCGGUCGCUUAGUAAGCCAUUAUAACAUAUGGAUUGCAUAGUACUUACUUCAUGCUGCAUGUAUGGUGAGGAAUUAACCUCAGUCCGCCGCACGUUUUGCAUAACGUGCGCUUGUGCACGUGUUUAAUGUUUUGGAACCCUACGCUGGUGCGCGGUGUCCGGCGCGUGCUGGAGGGGAGCGGUGAAGUGCCAGGGAAGACGAUGAGGCCCACUAUAUCCAAAUAAAGAUUAAUUUAAACUUUAACUUUAGUCUGGAAGUGGUCACGUAUACUGUUACUUUGCUAAAACAAGUCAUGAAAAUAUCUGCUUGAGUGAGAGUACAAAAGUAUUUUCUGAAAAAAAGAAAAAAACACUUGAGUAGGGAGUAACAUAAGAAAUUACAAAACACACACACAGGGUCUUUUCUCAUAGUUGUUUAUUUGAUGUGGAUGUGACUGGAAUUAUUUCAGCCACUGGGCUUCCUCUGGUAAAGGUAAAUAGGUGAACAUAAACUCGUAGUUAUUUGUAAUGAAAUGACAAGUCAUCCGCUCCUGAACACCUGCCACAUUUACACCAGGACAAUAUUCCUAAGCCUAAGUAAAGACUGAUUUAAAAACAUGUUCUUUCUUGUUGUCUCCUUUAAUAAAUUAUGACUUAGCAAACAAAUCAAAUUAGGAGAUGUCGCCGUUUCCUAAUGUGUUACCUAUUAAAUACAGCUGUGUUCACUUUCACCUGUGGGAGAUCAUCUGUGCUUAAAACAUGACAUCAGUCACAUCAGUUUGUCUCUGUGUGUGCAUAAUCUGGUCCCUCUACAACAGGCUAAACCACUGAGCGUGCAAAACAGACACUGCUCUCUGUCAGCUCAGCGUCAGCACGGUUUACUGAUGGACUGACUUCGCAACCAGAGCCCGCUGCACUGCGCACUGAGUGACGGAAUAGCUCCUUGCAGUCAAUUGCAAGAUGGCAUUUAAAAAGUCCAUAUCCCUUGAAUUUGUUACAGGUGUAAUGCUGCAUGCAUCGUACUUGUUAAAAGUUCAGUCUUGUGUUUCAGCUGUUGACUUAUUUCUCCACAUGUUGGAUGUUUGCUUUUCCAUCACACACACAGAAAAUGACACUGAAAGACUGCCCGGUGUGCCUGUUGGGUUAUGCAAAUGUUUCCGGGCACAUGAAGGAAGUGCACGGUGUCACAGACCGGGAGGAGAGGAGGCUGAUGCUGGGAAUGGCAUCAGGAAGAUAUGGAGGCCCCCUGUGUUGCCCUGAAAUGAGGUGCCGUGGGAGGGAGUUCACCAGGCUGGAUUGUCACCUGAACACUGUUCACAAAAUGGCGAAGGACAAAAGGACAGAGGUUUUGAUGAAACAACGGAGGGCCGCCAUUUUCUCAAGACUCAAUCAAAUAAAAAAGAAAAGAAAAGAAGUUGAAGUGAUCCAGCAGUCCCUGAUGUCCAUUGGGCAGGGAGUGGACAACUUACAUACUGGGAAGAAAAUAGGCUUCCAUCGAAAAGGCCUGGCAACCGAUGGUCUGGAGAAAGAGGAGGCAGGUCCUCCUCUGUGUGGUGAAGCUGCCUCAACAGCAGGUGGAUCCUCACCACCACCGCCUCCACCACAGCCUCGUGUUCCCGGGUCACCACCGUCUGUUGGCUGUCCCUCACAGGACAGCGGCAGCUCAGUGGAGGCAGCAGAGCCUGGGACGUCUCCACUGGCACCAAACCUGAGUGAGGCCUGCAGCAGCUGGUUAGCUGAGGAUUCAUCUCAGGAUGCCCUGGAAGUGCUGUUCACCACUAACCUUGAGUGGGAGGUCGACAGCCUACCAGAUUUCUCCUGGCUAGUGUAAGAUUGUGUCCUCCUUGUAUAUAUGUAUAUAUUUGUUUAUAAUGUUUUACAUUUUAUUUGUAUCUUU